UCUUGGAAUUUUUGAUAGUGCCACCUCUUUGCUGAUCAUGUUCUCCUGAUACUUUGUCAGUUUUCGAGAUUUGCGAAUCCAAUCCGUGUUUCAGAUAGGCCGCUCUCAGGUUUCUUUCUGGUUGCACCAGAGUGUGACACUAGUUCAGAGUCGAUCCUUCUCCGUCCGCGGAGAAGCGGCGUGGAGGGAGAGAGAUGGACUCUGAACUGAACUAGUGCAGUCGGGAACGAAUCCUGUGCGCCUAUUUGCUCGAUUUUGCUGUCAUUCCUGACGGGUCCAACGGCGGUGCGUUAGCGCGACGAGUUCGCACGGGUUCCGACUAAAUUAUUAAGUGUUAUGACACGCGCGCCGGUGCGUCUGGCGUAAAAGAUAAUAUACCCCGUCUCGAUCUCGCGAAGCAAUGGAAGCCGAGAACGAGGAGGUGCCCGCGACUGGCCCGUCGACGCCGACCGAGAAUCAUAACCACAACAGGGUACGCAGGAGGAACGUGCCCGAGCAGUCGGCGAGCCUCGGCGCGGACGCGACGAGCGAUCGCGUGCCCCUCGUGGCACUGCCCGACCUCACGAAAGCGUGGUACGACGGCGUCGCGCCGCGGAUACCGGACCACGUCGGCGCCGACGUGGACGCCGCGGCGGGCAAGCGACAGCGGAACGGCGUGCUGGCACGCGAGGACGACCGCGGCGGGGCGACGGACGCCCCCGCGAGCGCCCGCGAGAAGAUGAAGCUGAGCGUCAUCCGCGGCAGCAUCGCCAAUCCGGAUCUCACGUUAGGAGAGCUAAGACUGCUCGGCUGCAGCAGCGAGGGCUUUGUUAAUGAUGAUGUACGAAGGGUACUGUGGCCAAAACUCUUGCGACUGUCACGAUCGGAGCCGACGCCUGUCGACGGACUGGAAACUGUGCACAAGUAUAUACCGAAUGAGAUUUACCAGCAAAUACAGAAGGACGUGGCGCGCAGCGGCAGUCACAUCUCGCAAAGCGCGACGGAACAGGAGACGGAAUGUUUCCAGGAGCAGCUAACUCAGCUUAUGUGCUGGGUACUUCAUAGACAUUCCCAAUUAAAUUACUACCAGGGCUAUAACGACGUGGCGGCAACGGUGUUGCUCGUCGUGGGGCUCCAAGCAGGCGUAUACGUGCUCGAGAGGAUCUCGCUGCAGUUCUUGGAACGGUUUAUGGAGAAAACCAUGGAGAAAGUGAAUCAAGAGCUGUUCUAUAUAUUUGCACUGCUGGAGAGAGUGCACCCUACGCUUCUCGAACACUUGGAAAAUGUAGAACUGUUUCCACACUUUGCUCUGGCUGAAUACACAACGUGGUAUGCGCAUAAGUACGCAGAAAACCGAAAGUUGUUACAUAGAUUGUUUGAUUUUUUCCUGGGUAGUCCUCCGCUCAUGCCUCUCUAUUUAAGCACCGUAAUUGUUGCACAUAGGGCUACCGAAAUUUUCAAUACCACACCUGACAUGGGACACACGCACAAAGUAUUAUGUACGUUACCUGACGACUUGCCGUUUGAAACGCUUUUGGUAGAAGCAAAGAAUUUAUAUCGACAAUAUCCUCCUGAAUCUAUUACUAAUGAUGUCAAGGAUUAUGACCAUAAAAGAAAAAUCAAAGAGCAAGAAUGGAAGGCAAAGGCGGAAGCGAGCCGUCAGGAGAGAGAAAGACAACGAAAGUUAAAAAUUGUUCAGGCAACGCCGAGAAUAUCCUAUCGCAUCAGGAGUUAUAAGACCAUUACCGUUGUGACUAUUUUAGCUUUGGGAAUAUAUGCUUUCAUACGAUCCUCGACAGGGCUUAACUGACAUUAGAAGAGAUAUUAUUUGUUGUAAAAAGUUAGAAUUUUUAUGUACUUUCUAAAACAGUCAAAAUCACUUCUUUGAUAUAUCGCUGAAAUCUGGAAUAAAGAUGUAAAAGUUGUAAGAUUGUAUAAAAGCAAGUACCAAAGAAAUGAAGGGGCAAGCAGUAUGUGUUGCUAAGAAUUGAAAGGUUUGGUUAUCGAUAUUUGAGCAAAUCUGUUCUAGGACAACAUGAGUCAGAAUCUUGUGCAUUCCUACGCUGCCUUUAUGCUGUGUUCUGGAGGCUAACCUGAAUUUUUAAUAUAUGUUGAAAAA